AUGAAACACGCAAAUGUUCUGUUGUUCUACGCAUCACUUUUAAUAGAGUGUGCUACGGCAGCUGUAAGAUCAGAGAUUCUAUAUCAUCACCAGCGGCGAAAGUUUCAGUCCAACACCAGCAUUGAAAUUGUUCAGCAUGGCCUAUCGACGGCAGCAUCAACAGCAGCAGGGGUGACACUCUCAGAAUUGGCAGAUCCAACUACGAAGCACGAUGUACUAUCGAUAUCCGAGACAGCGUCUGUGCCAUCAACAGAUAAUACCACAAGUAGCUUGCUACCAUCUUCUGUGUCUCCUUCAACGUCCUCCCCAUCACGUAAUGUGGACAUAACUGGCACUGAAAUCGACGACCCCGGAAGAACUACUCCGCCUCCAGCGACCGAGGAUAUACGCACAAUAGAAGUUCCGACUCGAGUAUCGACAUCAACAACUGGUUCUACUACUGGUUCUUUCACUAUUUGUGGAAAUGGCGAUGCAUCGGAAUGCUCAUCAGCUGCUGCAACUACUAACGAAAAACUUACGUUUCCAACCUCUUCUUCAUCACUACCAAGCACAAGUUCAACAGAGCCAUGUACUCCACUGGCUAGUGACAAGGCCGUUACAGAAUAUUCUAUUGUUUAUACUUCAACAGUUACAUUCUAUGGCAACAGCACUGAUUACACUCCCCCUUAUUCACCAAUCACAACGCCAAAUUAUUGCUCUCCUGCUGGCGAAGCCCUGAUAACGGUUUUCAGUACCACCCGUAUAUCCAACUCAACGUCAACAUUAACUGUCAUAGCCCCUUCCUCUGCCUCUCCCUCGUACGACCUUUUUAUGUCUGACCUCCCGAUUCCGCUCCCCACGUUUUCCAUUGAUCUUCCUGAAACUAUUACACAGACGCCUGAUGCCGCUGGGAAGGGUGGAGGUGGAGUCAUCGUCACAAUGAGGCCGUUUCUUUCUUUAGUUCGGCAUGUCGUAACUUUCAUCACGACCGAUAAGAAUCCAUCCGUGGUGUUUUCACCUGAACCAACUCCCGUUUAUAGCCAAACAUGGGUUACUGGCGACAUUGGAGACGGCCAUCACAAGACUGUAGAGGCCAUAGACGAUUCGCAGAGCGAUAUUCUUACAUUUGAUACCCCGCAGAGCGUAAAGCAGCGGCCGGUUCCCACGUUUCAACUCACCGCCGGGGGAGAACAGGUCAUUAUCAAUAGCAAGACCGUGUCUAACCUGAAGCCAGGUCAGACAACUACAGUCACAGUUGGAAACGAAGUAUUCACUAUUUUCCCAACUGCAGUUGUGGGACUGGGCUCGACAAUCACGAAACCCGCACCACAAGCAUCAUCUCCUCCUAUACCGGCAGCGACAAGUGGAACUUUGGGAGGUAUUCCAGUAAUAGUUUCUGGCACGCAAGCUAUCAUCGACGGCAACACUGUGAGAAUCCCACUCCAAGAAACCACCACCAGUAUCAACGGUCAGAGAGUUGUUCUUGGAGCAGGAACUAUUGCCGUCGGUCGCGAAACUCUCAUCUUGCCGUCGCCGCAGCCCACUCACGAGAUCGUGACGGGAGGAGAGAUGCUCACGGCAAUAGGCACUUCUCUUGUGGUUCUGCACUCUACAACCAUCACAUAUGGCCUCAACAUGGCCCCCAAUCAAACAGUCAUCAACGGAGAAACCAUCUCAAUCGGCCCAAGGGGCAUAUCCCUCCACGGUACAACCAUCGGCGGGCCCUCGGCAAACGCUAAAGCCACAGAAUACGAAAUAGUUGGAGGCAUCACUGUGGGGAAAGUCCUUCCGUCUCUCGUCGUUGUCAACGGCGCGACAUAUGCCAUCAACCAAGACGGCGAUCUGAACAACUUCGAGACAACCGUCAUAGAUAACCAGACUAUCACUAUCGGUCCCAGCGGCUUGGUCGUGUCGUCGCAGACACUGACUUAUCCUGGGUCUUCCGUCACGGCGACGUUAUCUUCUUCUAAUAGAGCCUUGACACCUGAUUUUCCGGUUGAGACGGGUGGUCAUGGUAAUCGUGAGGAUGGCGAUGAGAGUGGUGCGUUUUCAUGGCGCCGAGAUGUGUCCAUUGGCAGCGUUAUGUGCUUCUUUUUCGUAAUAAGCGUUUGGAUACUUGCAUGA